GGGUUUUUGAUUUCUUCCUUUGAAUGUUAAUAGUUCUUCAAUCUUUUCAUCUUUGAAGCAUUUGUUUAAGAUUUCUCUUGGUGGGAACUCUCCUUUUAUGUGAUAUUUGAUUGAAAGCUUUAGAAUUUUUCUUGUUUGGGGAGGAGCUCAACUUUUGCAUAUGUCAAUGGUAGAGCUUCAAUCCUGUGCUAGCUUGGUCAAUGCUUCUGCAUUGUGUGCAAUCGAGAAAGAAGUGAAAGGAGACAGUGUUAAUGUCAUUGCUGAGAUUGCGGCGGAGUUGCAAAGAGAAAGGGAGAAAAAUGCUGAGCUUAUGGAGAGAAUAUCAUUACUUGAAGCUCAGAUACAGGAGAGAGAUAAGGAGUCCCUUCACGCAAAUCAGCAAAGUAGUUGUCUUGAUGGAACAGAAAGAAGCUUCAAGAAGUUCAAAAGACAUAAAAUAGAUGCAAGUAGUCAUAGAAUAGAAGAUGGAAACAUGAUCAGAACUGACAUGGCCUCAAAGACUAGAAAUGAUGGAGAAUGUAUGCCUACCACAGAUGGCGGUUUAGAUGACCGCUUGGUUAACUGGAUGAGCAUGGAUGACACGCAGUUUUUGCUUUUUGAUAAAUUUAAAGAAGCUGAAUUUGCGGCAGAUUGUGUUGAUACAGAUGAAAGUAAUGAUGAAGAUGAUCUUUUUGAAGAGGAUGAUACUAAAACAGACCUUAAAGAUAGGACAAAUGAGGAGAAUAAAACAAGUGUUGAUGAGGUAAAAGAACAGCUUCAUGCAGGUGGUCUCAAUCAGAAGAAUCAUAUGAUAGCUUUAGAAAGUUUUUCUGUCGAUCAAGUGGAACAGACAUGUGCAGAUCAAACUAGCCAUAUAAGAAAAGAUGAUAGAGAGAAUAACUCUGUGCUACUGGAUACAAACUCGGCUUAUAACAAGAGAGAUCUGAAGAAACAUGAAAAGAAAGAAACCAGAAGAACAGGAGAAUACAAAGAACCGGUAGAGAUUCUUACUUCUGGUCAGGAGGUUGAUCAUAUUGUAUCUGGAAGUAUAGCAUUAAAUAAGAAACCUUCAAAGGUUCCUUUCUGUCCAAAGGAAGUUAAGAAGAUACUUGAGGCAGAUGUCCUCCUAUUGAAAAAUGCUCAGUCCCACACUAUAAGGAAAAUCAUUGUUUUUGCAUCCCUGGGUAUAAGACAUGGAUGUGAAGAUAUGUACGAGUUAGAUUUCAAUCACUUCAGCAUUUUGAGGAAAGGGGAACCAUAUGUGUCUCCAAAAGACCCUGGGGAGCAUGUUUUAUAUGAGAAUCCCGGUGUUAGGAGGAAGGUUUUCUUUCCAAAUAAACAGAACCCAACAUUAUGUCCUGUCCAAAUACUUGAGGAGGAGAAGGCUAUGCGUCCAUCUGAUCCUUGCUGCCCUUCAUGCUUAUUUCUGUGUAUUAAGUACGGUGGAAGGACAAGGAAUCUUCCUCAAAAUGAAUAUGUCAGGCAGCGUAUGGGGAGAAACAAGCUGAAGUCUUUUGGGCCUGUUAUGUGCCGAAUGGCAAUGCUAGUCCAUGUUCGCAGUGGGAGCUUCUUCUUCAAGGCCUUGGGUAUCACUCUUUUGUUCAUGGCUGGUUUCCCUGAUGACCUGGUUCAGAAAGAAACAAAAUAUAGGAACCUAGACUUGCUGCAAAAGUAUUAUAGGACAGAUGAUGAUGCUGAAGGAGAAGAGCUAUUUCUUUCACAUCCAGUUGAAUGCAAUACUCGGGUGAGUCCUGGUUGUUCUCAGCAGUUAACUGGGAAGAUAACCUCAACAAAAUCAAGGGGAAGGAAACAGAGAAAGUCUCAGAAUUCUCAAAGAUCCUCAGUUCAAGAUUAUGCUCCUUCAAGUUCUACACAGGCUACCCCAUUUGGGUUGAUGGGUUACACUGCAAUUCAAACUCGUGCAAUGGCAGCAUUUCAGUCUACACCAUCUCAGAUUCCACAAGAUACCCUACAAACCUCAAACUUGACAGUUAAGAAUCCUAGUACUAAUGUCCCCUACCAGGUUCAAACCCCAUAUCAUAUGUUUCCACCACAACCAGCAAACACUUUCAUGCCUAUGAUAUAUUGGCCUGCACCAACUGCAUUUCCUCCAAGCCCUUAUCCAACUACAUAUGGUUAUCAAUCUUACCCACCUAAUGCAAACUGCAUCUCCAUCCAUCCACAGCCUCAUUACAACCACCCAUCGAGAGCCUCUUCCAUUCAUCCAACUCCGAAGAUAGUAGGAGGUGGGAAGGGUGAUGUGGUCUUGGAGGAAGCUGAUAGUGACUCAGAUAGCAGCAGUUCAAGCAGUGCAGAACCAAAAUAGGCAUUAGAAAGCUGAAAGCAAAUGACCAUUUGUGCAUAUUCAUUCCAUGUAAAUCAUCACCACUAUGGAAUGAUGCAUAUUUUUGACCUCUUCUAAAAUAGGCUGCGGGUAUGUAACUCAGAAUCCUUGUUUUUAUGUAAACUCAGUGCUCCUUAGAACGGUAAACAUACCAUAUUCUAGCCAUAUUGCACUGAGAUGAUUAUAUUCUGGAAACAUCUUUUCAGAAAAUUAUGUGUUGAACUUCUCAGUUCUCAUUAUUCAGGUUAGUUAAUCAGCUUCCCAUCCAUCUUGCAAACUUGGUUUGAGUUAUUCAGUAACCAACAUGAAAUUCUGGCAUCAGUUUGCUCAAUACAAUAUUAAAAAGAUU